AGCCAACAGAAGGAGUUAUUGAUGAAAUCAUCAAGAGAUAUGCUGUAAAAGAGCCUCGAAGUAUUAGUUUGAUGUAAAUGCUGCAGACACAAAUGGUGAAGACAAUGAAACAAUUGAUAAAGGACAAUAUUGAUCCUUCUGAUAAAUUAUCACCACAAGAAUUACUUAAUAGUGUUCCAGGGCAGAUUGCCCUGGUUGUUAGCAGGCUAAUUUGGACCAGUAAAGUACAUACUUCCCUGGAGGCACAUCGUAAACUCCAGGAGCAUUUGAUAGCCAUGCAGGGUCAAAUGGAUAUAUUUACAGUUGCUGUGACUGAAAAUCUUACGAGACUCAAAAUGCUGAAUCUUCAUUGUCUAAUUAUUCAGACAUUACAGCAAAGAGAUAUAAUUCAGCAGUUCCUGGAUAUAGGUGUUACAUCAGAUUCAGACUUCCUAUGGAUAGCACAAAUAAGGUACUACUGGCAAAACGAUGUUAUAAUUAACUGCUUGGCUGCCGUUAUAAAAUAUUGUUAUGAGUAUCUGGGAAAUUCCUCUCGUCUUGUGGUUACUCCUUUGACAGAGAGAAGUUACAGAGCAUUACUUAUUGGUUAUACACAACACUUAUUUGGUGCAACAAUAGGAGCAACGGGUACUGGAAAGACCGAAAUAAUAAGAAACCUAGCAAAAGAUAUAGCAGUACAUCACAUAGUAUUUAACUGUACUGGGUCUUUGGAUGCUGCAUCAGUGACAAAAUUUUUCAAGGGUGUGGCAGUAUCAGGUGCUUGGAUAUGUUUGGAUAACUAUAACACAAUUGCUGUAGAAGUAGUAUCUGUUCUGGCUCAGCACACAAGUGCAGUAAUCCAUGCUCUGCAAUCAAAUAUGAAAGCAGUUAUUUUUGAAGGUCUUGAACUUCCUUUGAAAACCACUGGAUUUCUGUGCAUUACUGUGGAUGUACAGUGUGAAACAUGCUCUGCAUUACCUGCAAACUUGAGGGUUUUCCUCCGAGGUGUAGCAACAGUUAUUCCUGAAUGGUCACAAAUUGCACAAAUAUUGUUAUUUUCGUAUGGCUACAAGGAAGCAGGAAGUUUGGCACUGAAGUUAACAACUGUGUAUAAGUUGUGUGAUGAAAUAUUUUCAUCACAAAAACAUUAUGACUUUGGUUUGUACUUCUGUCUAGAAUAAUGUAGUAAUCUUUGAAAUAUCAACUUAUUUGCUAUUUUUGUAUAAAUUAGGUGUGAUGUUUAUGAAACAUCUGUUGUUUCCUGUAACUGUUGUUAACUUUGCAUUAUAGGUUGCAGUUGUUACCCUAUGAGCUAUGUCAAUAAUAUUAAUUAGUGAGUCUACUUGAAAUGACUAUAUAGGUGAAUGCUGAUUACAGUUUUCCCUGUUUAUGUCUUUUAUUUUUUUCUGGCAUGAUGUGAAAAAAUGAAGGAAUAGAAGUGCCACAGGAUGACAAUUAUUUGCCUGAUGUAAAGAUGUCACAGAUGAAAUUUGUGGCAUUUAGAAGAUAUGUGGCAUAGGAUAUAUGUCUGUCUCAGUUGCUGAAACUAGUGUUUUUUUACUGGACAGAGGUGUCUAGUGUUUAUGUAGGUCAAAAAUGUUCUGUUUACUGCAUCAGUGCAGCAUGUCUUGAAUGUAAUAUUUAAUGAAAGGGCGUUACUGUAAAUCUAUUCUAACAAACUGGACUACAGUUGUUUGUCUCAUUUCUCCUAUGUGUACAAUAAUUCAAAAUCAUUAAUUUACUUGUAUCAGGCCAUCAGUUUCUGUUGUCAGACAAACAACAUUAAAAGUGUCUUAUAAAAGAGAAAUGCAGUUGAUGAACCUAAUAAAUUUGUGACUGGUUCACUAACCUGU